AUGUCAGACUGGGACGAUGACAUGUAUGACGACGAGGAGGAAGAGCUCUCGUUUGAGGAAGAAGAUGUCCAAGAAAGCGUCGACGAGUCCGGCCCCGACAUGGAGAGCCGGUAUUUCUGGGGCAAGGAGUUGCGGCAGGACGAGAAGCUACAAGAAGCCCUCCAGGUGUUCCAGGAAAACAUAGACAAAAACGAUAACCCAGAGUACGUGUUCAAGUCGACGAAACAGGCGGUCAAGGUGAGCAUCGAGCUGGGAGACUCGGCCAAAAUCAUGCGGUAUUUGGACCUCUUCUUCGAGCAACUACUGCAGAUGGGUGCGUCGUACGGGGAGGCGUCGUUUUCGAAAAUGCUGCACAGGUUUGACCAUCCGAUCGCCGGGUGCUCGUCGGAGCUGCAGAAGCAGGUGUACGACAAGUUUUCGGCGUAUUUGAGAGCCAGCAACUCCAACAACGAGCGGCUGGUUAUAAGAGUCGAGCUGGGGCGCGCAGGCGUGCUGCUGGCGGAACAGAACUACAACGAGGCCCUUUUGCUGCUACAGAAGCUAGAGGCGGCCGUCACAGGCUCAUCAGAAGCAAUCAAAAGCGCAUAUUUGCUGGAAGUCAUCGCCCUGGAGAUGGUGAUUGCGAGCCAGGGCGAGAUCGACGUCGAGGAGCUCUCGAGACUGACGAAAAUGGCCAAUAAGCUGGGCUCGAGCAUCCCGCAGUCGCGAAUCGUGGGCAUCAUCAAGGAGUGCGCCGGCCUCGUGGCCAUGUUCGACGAGGACUUCCAAACAGCCAACCACUGCUUCCAGGAAAGCUUCCGUGGUUUCAACGAGUGCGGCGACGAUCGACGCGUCGACGUGCUCAUGAAGUACAUCAUCAGCAACCUGUUGAGCGAGAGCGAGAUCGACCCGUUCCAGUCGGGCGACUUCCAGGGAUUCGACGACGUUCCGGAGAUUGUGAAGCUGAUGGAGCUGUACCGGCACGUUCAGGAGACCGACAUUGCGAAGUACAACGCACUUUUGCGCGACGACGAGGAGUUCAACAAACUGAUGCAGGGCAACCUGCUUGCGCAGUUCAUACCGUUCGUCACCGAGUUGGUUCAUGUGCGGUUUGUUCUGGAGUACCUGCAGCUAUUCAAACGGGUGAGUUUCCGCAAGUUGCAGGAAAAACUCGAAAUUCAGGAAUCGGAGCUCGAGGUGAUGCUGCUGAAGCUUUACGGCGAGGGAAAAAUCAACAACUACAAGCUGGACAUGGUGGCCAAGACGGUCGAGUCUUGCGGUGGCUGUGUUCUGGACCCGCACAUCAGGCCGACAGACGUUCUGGAGCGUCUACAGCUGUUCCAGAAAGACAAACUCAACGUUCCGAGCGACGAGUUCGGCGCAGAUUCUCAGGAACGACUACAGGAACUUCUGUCCACGAGAUUCCACACGGACCCGGUGCCCAACUCGCCGACAAUACACACAGAACUGCCCAGCUCGACGAUAAUAUCGAAAGAAGUGCUGGAGCCACUAAUCAGCACCCCUCGCUCCUUCGAGUCGUCCGAGGAGCUGUUCAAGGAGCUUGGAAAUUACCUGGAAUAUAUUAAGUCUGCUAUUCCGUCCAAAGCGUCGAUCAAGUGCUCUAUCAUCGAGAGGGUCAAAAGAGACAGUCAGAAACAGGAGCGGGAGAAAAUCAGCCAGAUCGACGAGAUCGGCAACACGGACCACGACCAUCUGAUACCCGAAGUUGUGCAAUUCACCAUGAUGGAAAACCUCGACGUGAGCGACAGCGAACAGCCAGCACAGGAGCUUUCGGAGGAGGAGCUGAAGGACAGAAAAUUGACCAGUCUUUAUGAGCUCGUUCAUGAGCUCUCUGGCUACUACGACAGCGUGAAGCGCAACUUUUCAGAGGGGCUUUGUGCUGAUCGCAACUUUGGCAGAGAGGUGAGUGAGUGA